AUGCGAAACGUACGAGCUGCCAGCCAGGCAUUGCGCCUGGCCGGCGACCCAUCUCGCCAACAAUACGUGUGUCGAGCCUGUCUCGCCCAAGCCUCUCGCCACUUCUCCACCUCCCCUAAAUCCCCAGCAGACGAGCCCUGGUGGAAGCGGAUGCGAGAGUCCGUCUUCGGAUCAGAGAAGAGCAAGAAAGCCGAACAAUCACGAGAGGACAAACGCAAAAAGAAGCUGGAAGAUGUCUCGCAGCGGAAAAAGGGCGAAUUGGAGCAGAAAGUCGGCGCGAGGGGAAAAGAGUAUGUGAUUGCUGACGUGGUGGAUACGUACACGCACAAGGACUACGUGUCGUCGCAGACUUGGGAUGGACUGGAGAAGAUUGGUAGUGAGGAGUGGGUGAGGAAGAGGGCGGAUAUGGGGGAGCAGUAUCAGGGGUUCCUCACGCGCAAGCAAAGCCAAUUGACGAAUAGUCAGUGGCAAAGACUGCUCCAUCAGAUUACUGUGGAGGUCUUGGCUCUGAAGAAUGCUGGACGCGACGUGUUGGACGUGUGCAAGGCUCGCAAGGAGGGCGAGAGUCCAAAGAUCGCCAACGUCACUGUUGAAGUGAAUGAAGGUGUGCCGACGUUGAAAUUCGAAAAGGACGCAGACCAGCAGGCAGUCUUGUCUGCAAUUGAGGAUGUAGGCUCCGAGCCCGUCAACGAACAAAAUCUCCAGCAAGAGCUACGCAACGCAACAAUGUCGACUGCAGAACUACCAGAAAACAUACGAUGGAUGGCAUUCGGGCUCGAGGACUCAAACAUGAAGCUUGCGAUCUUGAAACGAGCAAUGCAGCUCACAGGCAAACGAAUCCCAGAUCCUGCCCUAUCUAACGUCCGAACCCUCACCGAUCUGUACAAUGCAUUAAUGAUCAAGGAAAAGCCGAAGAAGUUGACACAAGACCCAAAGCUGGAACCACUGAAAGCCAUGGGCAAUGUACAAGUACACGCAACCCGCCGCACACCUGUACACAAGGAUAAAGAGGUUGGAAGAUGGAAGAUCAUUGAGGACGAACUCAAGCUUCGCAACCUGCCAGUCUUUGGAACGAACUAUGCUGGCGCAAAGCUCAACGUGGUCAGGUAG